UCUCUCCUGAACACUAUUCAAACGGGACAAGUUUGACUGCCACCAUGAAAUGUCUGGCUCUGGCUUCACUGCUAUGUGCUUUGGUGUCGCUAUCAGAUAGUUGUCUGAUGCCGUACGUGGAACCACGUGAAAGAAUCACACAUUGUCAGGACAACGCAGAUAAGACCUGGCAUCCAGUUGGAUCUAGAUGGAGAAACAGUAAAUGUAUUGACUGUACUUGCAAUUCGUGUUGCCCUGUGUAUGCUACCCCCACUGUUCCUGACGACUGUGAGUCAGUUUUAGACUUGAAGGCUUGUGAAUACAUAGUGCACAAGAAGAACGACUCAACUGUAGAGUGUCAUAUGUAUGGUAUGUUAAAAGAACCAUGCCUAGAAAUAUCAUGUUCUUAUUGGCAGGGAUGAGAAAGAGAGAUGCGGAUGUGAACCCUCUCUGGCUUCUCACCAGAAAAACACUGCCCGUUUUGUUAUUAAAAAAUGACAAAAAGAAAAGAACAACUACUGGUAGA